GUUACCUUCGUCGUGCGUCAACCCAUCUCAUCAUAUGUGCGCAGAACGCGAGAUCCGAGUUCGAAGAUCACAUUUUGUCAGGUCGUCCAUCGGGGAAUGAAUGGCGAGGUGAAAAUCUCCCAGAGUGGCACUAAGACCGUGUAAGGAUUGCGCAGGGACUUGACGGAGUAGUAACCAUUGUCGCCCAACCACACGACUCAUAUCCGUCUAUCGAACGAAGUGCACGCAACGAGUUGGUAACGCGAGUGUGAAAGGAAAAAGUACGAAACAACGACCCAAAAGCGGAAAAUGAGUAGCAGCACCGAAUCGUCGUCGCUUUCCUUGUGAAUUUGACGUAUUUUACGAGCAUUUGAGUGGUUGUCGUGCGACAGUAGAAGUUCGAUUUGUGCAAGGAAGUGUCCCGUUGCGAAGUGAGUAGUUAACAGGCCACCAAGCGAUUUGUGUCCCGUCCAGGUCGACUUUGUGUGCGGUGGAGAUUGAGUGCCUGAUUAGCGGAAAAUUUCCGCAGAUUUUGUUGUGUAGAAGAAAGACCCGAACCGUGUUCCGUGUGUGAUGCAGUCCCUUUGCUGGACAACGAGAUUUCUGUCGCGGGCGCUGCGCAAUGGAUUCGCAACUCUUGUGGAGCCCCACGUGAAGCCCCGACCACGCUUCGUAUCCGUCGUUUGCGGAUUUCCCAAGGAUUUCCUGGAGUCCAAAUACAAACUAGGAAAGUUUGGGGACGACGCCUGGUUUAAGACACAAACACCGAAUGCCGAUGUGAUAGGUGUUGCUGACGGUGUAGGUGGUUGGCGUAGUUAUGGGAUAGAUCCCGGAGAAUUUUCAUCAUUUCUUAUGAAAACCUGCGAACGACUAGUCCAUUGCAGUGGUUUUAAUCCACAACGACCUGUUAAUUUAUUAACUUAUAGUUACUGUGAAUUAUUGGAACAAAAGAAACCAAUUUUAGGUAGUAGUACAGCCUGCGUAUUAGUCUUACAUCGAGAAACGAGUACACUGUAUACCGCAAAUAUUGGCGACAGUGGUUUCAUAGUAGUACGAAAAGGUGAAAUUGUUCAUCGGUCCGAAGAGCAACAACACUAUUUCAAUACACCAUUUCAAUUAUCGCUGCCACCGCCCGGGCACGGACACAAUGUGUUAAGUGAUAGUCCUGAAUCGGCAGAUACCUUAAGUUUCCCGGUUAAGGAAGGCGAUGUUAUCCUCGUCGCAACGGAUGGCGUUUUUGAUAAUGUGCCUGUAAAAAUUUUAUUAGAUGUUCUCAAAGAGAUCGAAGGAGAAAACGAUCCUGUUAAAUUGCAAAUGACUGCAAAUACAAUCGCACUGAUGGCACGUUCAUUAUCAUUUGAUAGUGAAUUCAUGUCACCGUUUGCAAUAAAUGCUAGGCGAAAUAACAUUAAUGCAACUGGUGGUAAACCAGACGACAUAACUGUGGUACUUGCAACAAUAGUAGCGUAAAUUUCGUUACUAAAUAAGGAAUAAAUCAUUAAAUAUAAACAAAUUUAUUUUUUAAAACUUAGUUGUUCAUCCCUCUUGUUUUUCUUUACAUGAAAUUGUAUUUUUAAUUUGCCCACUUUUUUCCAUCAAGAUUUCAUUCAAUUUUCUAGAUUUUCAAUAGUUUUUCAUUCACAUUCACUGUAUUUUCUUUAUUUUUCUCAUUUCAUUUCUAGAAUAGAACUAUUUUUUGUAUAUAUAGGCAAACAAGAAGAUAAAGGUCGUGCUUAUUUUGCAUCAUUUCAUCCCUUUCUUCAUGUUACUCAUAAUCUUACGAAACAUAAUAAUGAUAAUAACGUCAAAAUGAAUUGUAAACGUUGGAGAGAAAAAAUAUGGAAUUCUGUGUAAUUCAAUUUGUAACACGAGUCAAAAAUGAAAUGAAACAAACAAUCGAUCUAGAUAGGCAAUCGUGAUCAACAAAUUAGAAUUAUGGCGAAACAUUUAUUCUUACAUGUUUUUUUAUGGUUUUGUUCCGCCUUCGAUUGUUUCUAUAAUUUUUCUAUGUCACAAUCUUCAAUCGUCACUACCGCGUAAUGUCAGCGAGAAAAAUUAGACAAAUAAACAAAGGCAAAUUAUCACGAUAAAUUUUCUGUGCUGGCAGAAGAUAAACGAAUAGUUGAUGAAUGGUAUUUUCGAUGGAUAUUGCUAAAGCUACUUUUAGGAAGCCACGAUAGAGAGUGAAAGGGAUAAUUCAACUGAACUAAAGUAAAUGAUGUAUUUGGGUCAUAUUUCCAUGUUUUGAAAACGAAUAUAAUCGAGUUACAAAUUAGAAGUUAGGAAAGCUGUUUUGUAUUGUUAACAUGUGUAGUUUCGAAUGUAGGUUUCAGUUUGAUUAUCAUCGUUCUCCGACAUGCCCCCAACACAUUGAUGUACGUACAACACCGAAAUAUUGUUUAUGAAUUUUGAAAGAAAUUGACUGUUCCUGUGAACCUAAUAAUUUAGUAUGACUAGUUGUAAAAUGACUUAGGACGAUUAUACAAACUACUACUACUGAUGAUGAUGAUAAACGAAAAACAAACUUAUAACCAUGAUGUAAAUUAUUAUAAUUUUAAAUGCUAUUGUCAGUUGUAUAGGUUGUUACAGUUAAAUUAAAAAAGAACAAAAUGCUGGUCUUUAAAUGUUUCAUUUCGAAUCAUCCUUCUAGAUAUACAAAUUAAAGUAAAAACUGUUCACUGUUUCAUUUUUUAUAUGAAGUUAAGACAAAAUGAUAGAAAUUAUGUAUGUGCGUGAUAUAUUGAAAAAAGAACAGAAUAUGGAAUGUAUAAUAUGAUCUCUUACAACAUUUACGGAGUGUUUUUUUCCAAACGUCUUUGUGUUAUUAACCGAACCGAAGUUACAAAUAAACCAAGAUGUUAUGGGAAACAAUCAGUAGAAAAUAUUUAAGUUAUCUUGAAACUAAAUUAUGUUCUAAAAUUUAUAAAACUAUAGACUUUAUACGGCACUGUAAAUACAGUGACGGCUAACAAAUUGGCGAAAAUAUGGCUCAAAUAAAAUAAGGUGUAUAGUAAUUGUCUUCCAAAGUUAUGGGAAUGAUUAUUUGAAAAACACAAUAGUGUUUCUGCAAAUAUAACAAUUUUAUCAAUAUU